GGACCCAGAGGCCACAAGUCAAAAGUAACAAUAACUAGAACUACAGCUUAGAAAACAAACAUGCAGCGCUAAGACUUGCUGAGAUUCUACGCAGUUCACAAACUGUUCCUCUCCCAUCCAGAAGAGGAGGAAACUGGGCUUCGAUGAGGUUAACGGCCCAUGGCGGCAAUCAGCAGCGGAACCCAGUGACGCUCCUUAGCCACUCUAGAUGCCGAGGCAGCAGCGGCACCCCCCACGUUCCGCCCACUCUCAACAGCCGUCAAAGCGCAGCUCGGACUGCAGGGCGGUUUGGCGUCCAGGGUCACCCUCUGGCUCAUCUCUCGAACGCCGCCUCCGACACCAGCCCAGCACGACCCAGCCUGGGGUGUCUCUCUGCAAGGGAGAGGUCAAGUGGGGGACCCUAGCUCUCAUAUAAAUGCAACUUGGGGCGAUGCAGGAUAGUGUCCAGCAUUCAGGAAAGGGGGCCUUGGUGGAAAGAGCGGCCAGCCAGCAAAAUCAAGUCUCUAGGUCUUUUCAGAGCCGAAAUGCAGCCGAGCGGGAAGGCGGACAGGCGCCCAGGACUCCUGGGGCAAGGAGCUGCCCCUUCCCUCCUCCUGGGGAAAGCGGUAGCCAACCGCUCCCGUGCCUCCUAGCCCAAGGAGUUCGCCCGGGCCACCCCUAAGCCCAACAGCAGCCCCCAGGGCUCCUCACAGGUCAUAAGCCCCUCUGAGCCGCGACAGUCCUCGCAUCCAGGUCGGGGCAGGGAGCGGGGGCGACUGUCUCCAGCACGGCGGCAGAGGCCCAAAAUGCGGAGCCUGCCCAAGAUGGCGGCCACGACUAUCAGGCGACAAGGCGGCCCCGGGCUCGCUGUGCCGGAGCCUGGAGCCCGCCGAACCGCACCGACACGGAGACCUCGCCUCGGCCACUCCCGAGAGGGCGCCACCGCCUCCGACGGCUAUCCCCGGGGUGGAGAUGGCGGACGCACGACCCUAGGAACCGCCCGCUUCCAGAUCACUUAAAAUGGCGGCGGCUGCGGGGUGGCACGGGGCGGAGCAGCGCCGGGGAAGGCGGGGCGGCGCGGGGCAUGCCGGGGCACGCGCGGGCUGCCGGGAACGGGGCGGAGCGCGGCCGCGCCGGCGCGUCGAGGGGAGAGGCAGCCGCCGCGAUGGACGUGUUCCUCAUGAUCCGGCGCCACAAGACCACCAUCUUCACGGACGCCAAGGAAUCCAGCACGGUGUUCGAGCUGAAGCGCAUCGUCGAGGGCAUCCUCAAGCGGCCUCCUGACGAGCAGCGGCUGUACAAGGAUGACCAACUCUUGGAUGAUGGCAAGACCCUGGGCGAGUGUGGCUUCACCAGUCAAACAGCACGGCCACAGGCCCCAGCCACAGUGGGGCUGGCCUUCCGGGCAGAUGACACCUUUGAGGCCCUGUGCAUCGAGCCGUUCUCCAGCCCACCUGAGCUGCCCGAUGUGAUGAAGCCCCAGGACUCGGGAAGCAGUGCCAAUGAACAAGCCGUGCAGUGAGGAUCCCCAAGAGGCCCAUUCCCCCCAAUAAAAGAGAUUUGGGAGUCUUCCUGGUUGCUGCCUCUUUUUCCCGACCCUCCCUGGGAUGGGUCCCACUCCCUGUGGGCUCCUUUUGGGGCUUGUGCUUGGCAGUUCCUGUGCUGUCCUGUCUCCCAGAUCCUGGCUGAGAACUUGGCCCAGCCUGCUGCUUAAAGACACCAUGGGUACCUGGGUUGCCUUGAGACCCAAGCCAUUGUUAGCAGUUAGCCAGCCACACCAACCACUCCAGGGGGAGGGACACAAAGACCACAGGAAGCCUCAGGGACAACAGAUUCCAGUUUUAGGCCUUUUUCCUUCUAAGUGACCCCCACCCCCACACUCUGCAUGUCCACUUCCAGGGGCCUCUUGUCCUGAGGACAAUGGCCAAGAGCAGAAAUACAAGCUGGAGCCUGUGUCCUGGUUUGACAGUACGUUCAAUGAGGGAACCCCAAAGCGGACCCACACAGGUCCACCCACACUGGGGGCUGUAAUCAGGGAGGGAGGUGGCUGCCCCCUUACCACACCUUUAAUAAACAGUCUACAGACCCA